AUUGACGUUUCAAGUAUCGCGAUAUCACGAAAUUGUGUUUUUCUGCAAAUUUUAAAUUGUUUUAGGUGUUUUAGAUUUAUAAUAAUCAUAUUACCAUGGAAAUUUUAGUUGCCAAUGUUGAUCAUAUGAAAUUUGAUAUAGAUUACGCUUUAGAACAACAAUAUGGAGCUUUACCUCUACCUUUUCCCGGGAUGGACAAGUCGACAGCAGCAGUAUGCGAAUUCUUCAGUCAACCGGGGGGGUGCAAUAAUGGACCCCAGUGUCCCUACCGGCACGUGAGAGGGGACCGGACAGUUGUCUGCAAGCAUUGGCUUCGUGGCCUAUGCAAGAAAGGGGACCAGUGUGAAUUUCUCCACGAGUAUGACAUGUCAAAAAUGCCAGAGUGUUAUUUCUAUGCAAGAUUUAACGCUUGUCAUAAUAAAGAGUGCCCUUUCCUUCAUAUUGACCCAGAGAGCAAAAUUAAAGAUUGUCCAUGGUAUGACAGAGGUUUCUGUAGACAUGGCCCUCAUUGCAGACAUAGGCAUGUGAGAAGAGUGCUAUGUAUGAAUUACCUAUCAGGGUUUUGCCCUGAUGGACCUAGCUGCAAGUACAUGCAUCCAAGAUUUGAACUACCUGCACCACCUGAACAGACAAAAGAUGCUAAACGUUUGCCUGUAUGCCAUUACUGCGCUGAUGUGGGACACAAAGCUUCUUCAUGUAAUAAGCUUCCCCCAGAACUCCGGGAAGCCGCACAAAAACAGGAGGAAGCCAGAUACAGAGCAUUGGGUUACAUUAAACCUGCGGAUAAUGAAACUGUGAAUCCAAAAGCGUACCCUCUGGCCGAUGCAUCCUUAACUGCAAAAAUACUGAACUUAGUUCAGCAGGCUGCAAACUACAAGCAACUGCGCAAAGGAGCCAAUGAAGCAACAAAGACUCUGAACAGAGGUCUAUCAGAGUUCAUCAUAAUGGCUGCAGAUGCUGAGCCUUUAGAGAUUGUGCUACACAUUCCUAUAUUGUGUGAAGACAAGAAUGUGCCUUAUGUCUUUGUUAGGUCUAAACAAGCACUGGGUAGGGCCUGUGGAGUGUCCAGACCAAUUGUGGCAUGUUCUAUUACUAUAAAUGAGGGGUCACAGUUGAAACCUCAAAUAACAAGUAUCCAGCAAGAAAUUGAAAGACUUUUAGUGUAAGUGAAAGGACUAUUGGAUGUGUUAUUUUUGUAAAUACAUUCUGUAAUAACUAAAA